AUGGCAAAAACAAGUUUUACCAACAUCCGUUCGGCCUGGUCUGAGGCAAAAGCUGAGCUGAUUAUGACACAGCUCCUCUGCAACACAAGAGCUACGAGUAAGCAAACACAUCUUCUCCACGCCGAUGGAAAGAAACACAGGGCAAAAGCUCGGGCAUUCCAUGCUGCAAAGCAACAACCAACUCAGAUGGACGCAUCUUCUCCGGAUGCAAAGCUUCCAGUGGAGCAAGCUUCCAAUGAUAAGGUCCAACUCAACAAUAAUGGACAGCAGACAAAAUUGCAAGAUCCAUCUGAACACAAUAACUUGAAAUCGGGGGAUGAAAUCUCUCAAUCAAAUAAAAAGAGGAAAUCUGAUGUGGCGGAGGAUGACCCUAACAGGAAAAAGGGCAGGGAUGACAAUUCAGGUGAGUUGGGAAAUGGGGAAGUAGUUCAGGCUGAAGGAGCAGAGGCUGGGAGAAAAGAAGAUCGUUUGAAGAAAGAAACGAUGGUUAAUGACAAGAAGAACAUAAAGUGGAAGAAGUUUAUCAAAUCAGAGUUGAAAUCUCAUCCUGAUGGAAAAUUGAAGAUGAAGAAGUUGAGAAAACAUGUCUUGAAAGCCUUGCAGGAAUCUGGCGUUGAAGUUGAUGAAACUGAACUUAGUGAGGCACUUGAGCAUAAGAUCAAUUCGAGUUCCAGAUUUGCAGUUGAGGGGAAGUAUGUGCGUUUGGUGGCCAAGGAUGGUGACUAGUUGCGACCGUAUAAGCUGGAAUCCCUGACUUUUACCUGGUGGUAUUUUGCUAUUGUUAGACAUUAAUUGAUAUCGUUUAGAAUUGAAAGGAGGCGGUCCAUUUUUGCGUCUAAACUGACAGAGGAACUAAAGGAGGAGGAGGUUGUUUUAAUUUAUUUUUCAAACCUCUCCCGUCUCCCUUUGCGAAAAAUUUUUUGCAGGAACGAAUUGAUUAUUAUUAUGCAAAUGUAUUCAGUUGUUGUAUAAAAUGAUUUUGAAUCACUGAAAGGUAAUUUCUUUUAUUGUUUAUUGUUUAUUAUCAA